AUGGUAAACACUCAAUCCCAAAUUGACUUGUUGAGAGAAUUGAAUUCUAAGCUCAUAGCUGAGAUUGCUAACCUUAGAAAGGAGAAUGCUGAGGUCAAGUCUGAGAAUAUCAAAGUUAAAGCUGAGAAUGCAAAGUUAAAGCAAGCUUUGGAAAAACAUGAAGCCAGAUUCAUGAAUCUAGAGCAGAGAGAUAAAGAAAAGGCCAACCUUAUUGCCAAAUUAGAUGAUGAUAUCAAGGAAAUCAAACAAUCUUUGACCAAUACUAGUAUUUCUCCCAAAAUAAAUUCUGAGAAUAUUCCUGAACAGAUGGAAAAUACAUCUGAUAAUGCACCAAAUUCUGAUGUAUGUCAGGAGACAAAGACUCAAUGUUCUGCAUCAUCAAUUUGCAUAGAAACUAAAUCUUCAGAAAAUAAAGAAAUGAAUGAUUUCCUGGACUCAUUACAUAAAGAAAAGGUUAGAUCCAAAGACUUAUCUUUGGAUAAUAAUUCGCAAUCUAAUAAAAACAAAAUACAGAAAUUCAUGUUAGAAAUUUCUGAAAACUCUAAUUUGCAGUUACAAUAUACUGGUUCUAUUAUCAAUGGUAAUGUAGAUAGUGACAUGACUCCAACCCUGAAUGAAACAGAAUCUAAUAUA